AUGAAGGCUGAAAGAUUGUGGGAGAUUCUGACUGUGUUCAUACUCCUGUUACUGAUAUGUAAACAGAUAUCUGCAAUGGAAAUCCCACCUGAUGUGAGACAGCCUCCUAUGAUAAUUAAGCAGAGUGUCCAAGACUAUAUAGUGGAGCCAAAGGACCCCAUCACAGUGGAGUGUGAGGCCACUGGAAACCCUCCCCCAGUCUUCACUUGGACACGCAAUGGAGUGUACCUGAAUGUUGCACGUGACCCUCAGGUCACGAUGAAGAGGCGCUCUGGCACACUGGUGAUAUUUUUCUGGGGACGUCCGGAAGAUUAUGAGGGCAUAUACCAAUGCACUGCUACUAAUGAGUUUGGUUCAGCUCUAUCCAGUCAUAUUCAUUUGCGUGUCUCCAAGGCUCAUACGUGGCUGAAGGAAUAUUUGGAGCCGGUAUCUGUGUUUGUGGGUCUUCCUUUGAUUCUGCCCUGUAAUCCUCCAGUGGGUCCACCCAAACCUCAGACCUACUGGAUGAACAGCUCUAUGGUACCAAUUCGUCAGGAUCGAAGAGUCUCAAUGGCAGAGAAUGGAGACUUGUACUUCUCCAGCAUCAUAUCUGAUGAUGCACUUACAAACUAUGUGUGCACAGCUCGCUUCCCCAACUCCAACAUCAUCCACCAGAAACCUCCACUAAUUCUCCAGGUGCACACAGCGCGUAUGGCAGCUCGGACCGCUCCCAAGUUCUUGAAGCCCAAAGGACAAGCCAGCACUCAGAUUGCAAUGCUAGGAGAGGAGCUUAUUUUGGAGUGUUUUGCUUCUGGAGUUCCAGCUCCUACCAUUAAAUGGACUAAAGAUUGGGAAAGCUUGUCCAUGGAAGGCAUGAAGCUGGAAAACUUCAAUAAAACUCUGCACAUUAAAAAAAUCUCUAUGGAUGCUGGAGGCGACUACAUCUGCACUGCCACCAACAGGAUGGGCAGCGUGGACCACAUAAUCACAGUUAAAGUUAAAUCAACCCCAUUUUGGGUCGAGAAACCACAGAGUCUUAUUCUGUCUCGAGAUGAUAGUGGGCAGAUAGUGUGUCAAGCUGAUGGAAUUCCCAGACCCCAGAUACGGUGGCUAGUUAAUGGAGAACCUAUUGAGGAUGCUCCUAAGAGUCCUGGCAGACAAGUAUCAGGUGAUACAUUGAUAUUUCGUGCUGUGGUACCUGAUAGCACAGCUGUAUUUCAGUGUAAUGCCUCCAACCAAUAUGGCUACAUCCUAGCCAAUGCCUUCCUUGCAGUAAUGGAUAUGAGACCACGAUUGCUGGGCAUUAGAGAUGACCUGGUAAAGGUAAUUGAAGGGACUCGGACACUUCUGCACUGCCCAUAUUUUGGAUCACCAAAACCUGCCCUGCGCUGGUCUAAAGGUGGAGUGGGUUUAUUAGAGGGAAAUCGAUAUAGCAUUCUUUCUAAUGGAACACUGGAAAUAAAGCGCACCAAACUGCAGGACCAGGGGACAUAUGUCUGCAUUGCUAGCAAUGUCAUUGGACGAGACGAGAUGGAUGUACAACUGGAGGUCAAAGAACCCACUAAAAUCAUUCGUGCCCCACAUAAUGUCAUUGUGAGAAAAGGGAGUUUGGCACAAUUUGACUGUAAGAUCCAGUCUGACCCAACCUUGGAGGUGAAGGUCACCUGGCUCAAGGACAACAAAUUCUUGAUCUUUGGAAGAAGAAUGACAAAGAAUGAGGACUCUAUGAGCAUUGCUGAUGUGUAUAGAAGAGAUGAGGGAAUUUAUACCUGCAGACUGAAGACUGAAGUGGAGGAAAUCAGUGCAUCAGCCAAACUCACUGUGAUGGAUCGUCCUGACCCACCAACUGACUUGGAAGUGUCAGAUCCAUCAGAACGAAAUGUUAGACUCACCUGGGUGCCAGGACUAAGCAACCACAGCCCUAUCAAAGAGUAUUUGGUGCAAUACACGGAAGAUCUGCUUGCUGAUUAUUGGCUACUGCCGAGUGGCUGGAAGAACCUGACGAGUUACCCUGGCCACCUGAACUCUGUGGUGUUGCAGCUGACACCGUUUGUUGAGUACCAGUUCCGCAUUGUGGGUAUCAAUAUGAUCGGUCCCAGCAAACCCAGCAAGCCCUCUGUGCGUUACCAGACUGGUGGAGCUGUGCCAGAUGCUAUCCCAAGAAACAUCAAAGGAAUGGGGACUGGAGUGUUCAGAAAUAACAUGGAGAUCAGCUGGGAGCCAUUGGAGUAUAGAGAGUGGAACGGGCCAAAGCUCGGCUACAUGGUGUGGUGGCGAAGAAGAGAUUCCAGAGAGGAGUGGAAAAAUUACACAACCUACUGGUGGUGCAGUCACAUCAUCUAUGAGACGGACACCUUCACGCCCUAUGAGAUUAAAGUACAGGCCAUCAAUUACUUUGGUCUUGGACCAGAAUCUCCUGUGAUCAUUGGAUACUCAGGAGAGGACCGUCCAACUGCUGCUCCAGCUGACCUGCAUGUCUCAGAUGUUGAGAGCAUGAAGCUGACAGUCCACUGGCAGCCUGUUCCCCAAGCCACCAUCAUGGGGCAGAUUAAAGAGUACACGGCGUAUUACUGGCGAGAGAGCAGCCGCCUGCCCCAUCACAGUGUCACCACAAGGAUCAAAUCUAAGAGCUUUAAAGCAAAUGGGCCGCGGCUUUCUGGCACCUUAACUGGCCUCAUCCCCUACAGCAACUACAAGAUGUACAUAGUAGUGGCCAAUAACCGCUAUGAGGGUCCACCAAGCAACACAAUUGAGUUUCAAACCCUUGAGGGAGUGCCAUCAAUACCCAGAUCCUUCAGGAUCAUGCACAGGCAUUAUGACACCAUCUAUCUGGACUGGGAGGAACCUGCAGAACCCAAUGGCAUCCUGACUGGGUACAUCCUCAAAUACCAGACAUUGAAUGCCUCAGCAGGAGAGCGGAUGCUGGUGGAAGAACUCCCCCCCAACACUACACAAUUCUCAUUGCGCCGCUUUGACCGCUACACUCGUUACAAGUUCAGUCUGGCUGCUCAGACACAGGUGGGAGUGGGAGAAGCAUUCACAGAGGAGUCGCCCCAUUUCACAACAGAGGAAUAUACCCGGGAACAAGUCGACAUAGUAACGCAGGGAUGGUUCAUCGGGUUGAUGUGCGCUAUUGCACUUUUAGUUCUCAUCAUGCUUACAGUCUUCUUCAUUAAAAAAACACGUGGAGGGAAGUACCCAGUGAGAGACAAGAGGGAUUUUGCACUUGAUUCCAUGGAUGAGAAGGAUGAGGGGUCUUUUGAAUACAGGUCUCUUGAAAGGAUAACACGUGUACCCACCCUACCCUACUCCAGGCGAGAAGAAGAAAGCCGCCAGGGUCGAAGUCACGGACACAUGCAAAAGAAGACAAACAGUGAUGACAGCCUGAUGGAAUAUACUGAAGGUGAUGAGAUCGAGUUCAACGAAGAUGGCUCUUUCAUUGGUGAAUAUACCGGCACCAGUAAGAGAGACAGAGACUCUUUUGCAUAAAGCAACUCCUAAACAUGGCAAGAGAAUGCAAAAUACAUGGUACCCACUAGUCCCUGCGAAACCCCAAUUUUACCUCAAAUACUGCUAAGCACUGAUGGAUGACCAAACUGGCCAAAGACAACUCCUGUGCCAAUGGCCACAUUAUGUAGCAAUUCAGCCUGAAUUAUGGCAGAAGCAGUACACUACUAGUCAAAAGUAUGGAUGUAAGCUGUGGGUUUUUAAUAAUCAACAAUGAUCUGUGUAUUUAUUAAAGAUUUUUUUUCCAGAAUAUUUAAUUGAUUACCGUUUACACUGCAGACUUACUAUAAAAAAUUAUAUGAGAAAAGUCUUUACAUCCUUUGUUUAAAACAGUCCCUUCACUGAUUAUUAUAGUUUCCUAAUUUACCAAC